GGAGGAGGAAGAGGGAUCUCACUCUCUCUCCGUUUCUUUGCUCCGGGUUCCUGGUUGGAUAAUUUGGGUUAAUACUAGUGAGUGAGGCUUUUGCUGCUUCAAAGGGUAUUUCAAGUUGCCGGAGCUCCUCCCCUCUGCACCGUGUGACAACAACAACUCGCCCGGAGAGCUAGAGAGCGAGCGAGCAGCGAGCAGCAGCAGCCAGCACUUUUCAGCUCAUUUUCUCUCUGUCAUUCCCCUCUCAAUCUUUGAUCCAUGUACUUGCCAGAGAGAACCGAAGUCCUUCAAACCUCCCCCUUUUCACCUUCAUCUUUAACUUGGUGCUAGAGCAAGGACCACAAAACAAACCACCUCCCCCCCUUCCCCUAAACCCCAACGCUACCGCCCGCAGCGGACUUCUCCUCAUUCCCCACUUGCGGGACACUUUGUGCGUUUCUCUCUCUCACUCUUCCCCCUUCUCGGCGACAGCUGUUUUGGGAUCUCCCCCCAUCCUCCCCCGACCCCCUUUUUGUCCGUGCGGCAACUUUUUUCUCCCCCCCUUCGUAUAUGUGACCAUGGCCGUACCGGCUGCUUUGAUCCCUCCGACCCAGCUGGUCCCCCCUCCACCUCCGAUCUCAACUUCUGCCGCCUGCACCACCACUACCACCACCUCGUCGGCCACCUCGUCUCCGUCUCCUUCCAUCGCUCCCCCGCCAGCCUCUUCGGGGACGAACCUAUUCCGGCCGGAGCCCAUCGCAGCAGCGGCGGCGGCGGCGGCGGCCACAGUCACCUCCACCACCAGCAGCGGAGGAGGCGGCAGCAGCAGCAGCAGCAGCAACGGAGGAGGCGGCGGCGGCAACAAUUGCAGCCCCAGCCUGGGCACCAGCAGCAGCAGCAGCAGCGCAGGCGGCGGCGGCACCUCCACCCCCAGCGCUAGCACCGCUAACAGCAGCAGCCUGCCGGGCAAGCCGGUGUACUCGACCCCGUCCCCAGUGGAGAACACCCCCCAGAAUAAUGAGUGCAAGAUGGUGGAUCUGAGGGGGGCCAAGGUGGCCUCUUUCACCGUGGAGGGCUGCGAGCUCAUCUGCCUGCCCCAGGCUUUCGACCUCUUCCUGAAGCACUUGGUCGGGGGCUUGCACACCGUCUACACCAAGCUGAAGCGGCUGGAGAUCACGCCCGUGGUGUGCAACGUGGAGCAGGUCCGGAUCCUGAGGGGGCUGGGGGCCAUCCAGCCCGGCGUGAACCGCUGCAAACUCAUCUCCAGGAAGGAUUUCGAGACCCUCUACAACGACUGCACCAACGCAAGUUCUAGACCUGGAAGGCCUCCUAAGAGGACUCAAAGUGUCACCUCCCCAGAGAAUUCUCAUAUCAUGCCACACUCUGUCCCAGGUCUAAUGUCUCCUGGAAUCAUCCCGCCAACAGGUCUGACAGCAGCAGCUGCAGCAGCAGCAGCUGCUACCAAUGCAGCCAUAGCAGAAGCAAUGAAAGUGAAAAAAAUCAAAUUAGAAGCUAUGUCCAACUAUCAUGCCAGUAAUAACCAACAUGGAGCAGAGUCUGAGAAUGGAGAUCUGAAUUCAAGUGUUGGCCUGGAACUUCCUUUUAUGAUGAUGCCCCACCCAUUAAUUCCUGUCAGCCUACCUCCAGCAUCUGUCACAAUGGCCAUGAGUCAGAUGAACCACCUUAGUACCAUUGCAAAUAUGGCAGCAGCAGCACAAGUACAGAGUCCCCCAUCCAGAGUCGAGACAUCUGUUAUUAAGGAACGUGUUCCAGACAGCCCAUCUCCUGCUCCUUCCCUUGAAGAAGGUCGAAGACCUGGCAGCCAUCCAUCAUCUCAUCGAAGCAGCAGUGUGUCCAGCUCACCUGCACGGACUGAGAGCUCGUCAGACAGAAUCCCAGCUGUACAUCAGAAUGGGCUAUCCAUGAACCAGAUGCUGAUGGGUUUAUCACCUAACGUCCUACCUGGCCCUAAAGAAGGUGAUCUGGCUGGUCAUGAGGUUGGACAUGAGACAAAAAGAAUACAUAUUGAGAAAGAUGAGACCCCGCUCUCCACACCAACCGCAAGAGACAGCCUUGACAAACUUUCUCUAACUGGGCAUGGGCAACCACUACCGCCGGGUUUUCCAUCUCCUUUUCUAUUCCCUGAUGGACUGUCCUCCAUAGAGACUCUCCUGACUAACAUCCAGGGCCUAUUAAAGGUUGCCAUAGACAAUGCCAGAGCUCAAGAGAAACAAGUCCAGCUGGAAAAGACGGAGCUGAAGAUGGAGUUGUUCAGGGAACGAGAACUGAGGGAAACUCUUGAAAAACAGCUGGCUGUGGAACAGAAGAACAGAGCAAUAAUUCAGAAAAGGUUAAAGAAAGAAAAGAAGGCAAAGAGGAAAUUGCAGGAGGCGCUUGAAUUUGAGACUAAGCGGCGGGAACAAGCAGAACAAACAUUGAAACAGGCAACUUCAACAGACAGUCUCAGGGCCCUAAAUGACUCUCUGACCCCAGAGAUAGAAGCUGACCGCAGCGGGGGCAGAACAGAUGCUGAAAGGACAAUACAAGGUUCACUAGAUGCCUAUGCCUAGCUCCCAACCAGGUCUCCCAAGACCCCCUCAUCCCACACAAAAAGAUGGACGACUUUAUUUGAAAACUACAGUCAUGUACUGAAUUUUUCCUGCUGAAGCAAUUUGUGCUACGGUAAAGAACUUUGCAGUAAGACGUUCAUUAUUUGGAAGUUCUGCAACAACAAAGUGUUUUCAAGGCAACUUCCUUAACUUUGUGUAUCAAUGUUCUUCAAAAGUUUAAAGCAUUCUGCAAGAGUGUUUUUCUUUGGUUAUCACCUGUGGCUCAAGCCAGAGACCUAGAGAAUGUUUGUAAAUGUACAAGUUUCACUCUUCUUACAGUCAAAAACUGCAGCUUUGCUAUUGGAUCCUUGUAUACAAAGUUAUAGACCAGUCAGAACAAGGCCUAACAUUCCCUUUUUAAUGGAAUGAAAACUCUGUCCUCCUCUGAUGAUUCUGUAUUUGAGCACAUCAAACAAUCCUUCCAGCAGUAUCCACCUACACUUACAGACUGUUUUGUCAUACCUAAACCAGCAAGUCAGCUCAGAAGUAAACUUGUAUGGGGGCGUAAGAGGAUUCCGACAAAAAAAAGUAAAAGGGAAAAAAAAACCUGUUAUAUUCAAUUUUCAAACUCUGUGAACGUGGGUUUUCUUCUAAAGAUUUUUUUCCACAUGCUUUCCAGGAGACCAACACCUGGAUGCUAGACCACAUGAAGUAAAAUGAAAUUUUGUCUAAGAGAAAGGAAAUGCUGAAUGUAAGCAAAACUGUUUUACUGUUCACAAAGUCUCUUUUCCUAAAAUAAACAUAAAAAUAUAAAUAAAACGAGUAAUAAUUUCUCAUUCUAAACUGGCAGGGGUUUAUGGAAAAAAAAAGACUUUGCUUCUUAUUCAAACUGUUGGUCACGUGUACAGUAUAUAAACACAAACCACACCAGGAAGGUAUUAUGUAUGCAGUAGAAUACUAGCAUUUAGGAAAAUGAACAUUUUAGAUAAUGUUUUGUCACCCUGUUUGUCAGAAAGACGCCUUUCUAGUUUUAACGCAUGCAGGCAUGUAAAUAUUUGUCCUGGAGUCACAGUAUUAAUGAAUGAGAUCUUAAGCAUCUGGUAACGAAUGAGAAUUCCGUAUCAGCCACUUUUAUUUGUAUAUUGAUCCCUGAUUAGUGCCCUGAAACAGCACUUUUAAGAAUGGACUGUGGCUGAGCAGCAAGU